AAUAGCCCAGCAUACAAAACAACAACAACAAAUUUAACGACGACGGGAGUAAAUAGUAAAUAAAAAGUGUUACAAGACAUGUUGAAAGAUGUGGUCAACCAUCUCAAAUGUAUAUAGAACUUCAAUACCUCUAUGCCAUGCAUGUAGGCACCAAGCCCAUUUUAACAGACAUUAUGUUGCAAUUCACACACAGCGGUCAAACAAGUUCUCGUGUUGGUUAAAACUGGAAUCAGCUACUGCAUAUUUCAAAUUCAUUAGUGAACAGACUUGGAAGUCAGGGAAGUUGGAUGUGGCCAUUAGAAGUCAAGGUCAUCUGAAUGGAAUGGAAAUUGUUGAAAGGCAAGAUUCCACAGGAAGACAAACUGACACACCAAAUACCAAAGAAACAUGUAUUCAAUCAAAAACUGCAUUUGAAAAUAAAGAUCAAAAGUUCAUCUGUGCAUUACACAGGGCACGUUAUGAACAUAUUUCAAAGUUACACAGUCAGACAUGUAACAUAAUAAAUACUUGGUUGUUUGACAAAUCUGACUUGAAAAUGGUGGAGGAAGAAAACAGGAAGGUGAAUAUACUUAAAUGUUUGACAGCUUUUCAGAGAAGAAAGUGUACGUUUAGGGUCAGCAGUAUUAAGCCAUGCAAAUACAAUCUUUUUAAUGGACUUAUUCCAGUGAGUGGGAAACUUCUUAACAGAAAAACAAAAUAUUGCUACGCAACUGAGUGCUCAUUUCAUACGUCAGCAGAGAAUGGUGUUCACACGGUGAUCAGGGAGGCAGUAUUAGACAGCAGCCUCCCUGGAGAAUACUGUUCUUUGUACAGGAUCAGUAGAGGAACUUUAGUAGAAUCCUUGGAGGUUGUCACGGUGAAGGAACAGCGAGCAGUACGUGCCUUGGCAGAGAGAGUACAGUUGAAGAUACACGAAUGGCCAGUUGCCAUAGAGACAGAGAAAUAUGAUGUCGGUGUCCUUGUGUCAUUUGGUCACCUCAUACCUGAUGCUGUGAUACACAUGUUUCCAUAUGGAAUUCUCAACAUGCACCCUAGUCUGUUGCCCAGAUGGCGUGGAGCUUCACCUGUGAUUCACACAGUUCUAAAUGGAGAUGAUGUGACGGGGGUUUCUGUGAUGGAGAUUCGACCGAAACAUUUCGAUAUUGGACCCAUCCUACUCCAGAGAAAGUGCCAAGUCCCACAGCGAUGUACGUCCUUCCAGCUAGCAGAUAUUCUAGGAAGCUUUGGAGCCAGUAUGAUGUUAGAGUGUUUAAAAGAUCUUCUGACCCUUGAAAGAUUGGAACAUGAGCAGGACAGGAGUGGUAUAACAUAUGCACACAAACUUAAGCAUAAGAAUGCCAACAUAGACUGGGAGAAUAGUACUGCAGAGGAAAUAGAUUGUCAGUAUAGAGCCAUCUCAGAACUAAUACCUUUGAAAACAGAGAUGAAUGAGCAUACAUUAAAACUGUUUGAUGUGGUUGACCCUUGUCUUUUACAAGAAAUAGACAAUAGAGAUGUCCGUGGUUACCAUGGAGACAUAAUCAGUGCUGAACCAGGGACUGUUGUUUAUCAUAAACAUUUGAAAUGUAUUGUAGUCAAAUGCAAGAUUGGAUUAAUUGGAUUCAGGAAGGUUGUGUUUCGAAGAAGACUUACUGGUUUAGAUUUCUUCAAUGGUUACAUUAAUAAGAAUACGUGUACGAAAUUCACGAGCCUUGACAAUGAUUUAAAUAAGUAUAUAAAAGUAGAGAAGAUUCCUGUGAAAUCAAAGGCUUAACAUAGACAGUGCUUUUACAGACUCGUGUCUGUUAAAAUUGUUUUGAAACUGCUUGCAAGUAAAAAAUGUGAUUUUGUCUUUUGAGUUUUAUUUAUUGUAUUGUUUGUUAAGUUGAGAAGACUUGCAUGAAAUCAUUAAACUUGACAAA